AUGGCACUUUUCGAAAGUCCUGUCCCGAACGCCUUGGUGACAGAUGUGGCAGUCCCGCUCGUAAAGGGUACCAUACACGCAAUUCACGAGGCAUAUACUCACGCAAGACCGACUGUCAUCCAAUCGGACUGCAGUGCUUUGGUACAGGGCCUGAGAAGUACAGCAGAGGAUGCAGAGGAGGUGGGCGUUCCGAAAGCAGAUGUCAAUGCUUGCCUCACGGAGGCCGCCAACACUGUGGAAGACCUUGCUACAAUUGCAGGACGUGGCAAAUCCAGAGGGGUGUUGACCAGCUUGCGAUUGUUAUGGGGCAAGAAGAAGCUCCAAUCCCUCAGUGAUAGGAUCAAAAUCCUGCAAGCAACGCAGAAAAUGCUCAAUGAGGCCCGCGAAUGGAGGGCACUUACUUCUUUGCGAGAUCGUCUUCGCCCUAGAACCGCGGAGCAAGUUCCUCAGCGGCCUUGCGAUUCCAAUACGUUUCCGGCGAAUGAGUCCCACUGGGAGAUGGCAGACAGAAGCACAGUGGAUACAGCGUCGACGGUCAGGAGUGCGUCAACGGCAGAGGUUUCUCUCGAAACAGUCGGCACUGCAACAGAUUCUAACAAGAACAGCGAAAACACAUCCGAGCCCUGCAAGGUAUUCGAGGUUGACAUGGUGUGCGAAUUGACGAAGACCAUCGUCACGGCGGUGACAGAGGGCAGUAGCUCCGCCUAG